UCUGCCACUUCUCGCAGCACUCUGCUAUCAUACUGACCCUCCACGUCUCUGUUGGUCUCUGUUGACACAGGCAGAGUGCAGAAAGGUCUCUGAUAAGGGAUUGCUUUAAAAGACCGGAUUGAGAGGUGUACCUUACAGACCCUUACUACAAGACUGGACACGAACGUUGCUUUUGAAUUAAAAAAAAAAAAAAAAAACAUGCUUCUAUAUGUGAUCUUUGCUGUGAUACUGGGAACUACAACAGCAUUCCCUGUCAAUCAAGAUGCUGCCAGUAGAGAAGGAUUUUGGAGUAUCCAGGAUGAAAGCACAAAUUUGGCCAUUGAUAAAAAAUAUGCCCCCAAGAAUUCUGAUGGAAUGUGGAAAAGCCAUGUGGUGAGCAGUGACCUUUAUUCCCCGGACACUUUGAACCCCAUGGCAGCUGAGCUCAGGCACAAACUGAGUCAGGAGUCAGAACGUCUUCGAGCUCGCUUGAGACAGGAACUUCUGGAUCUCCGUCAGAGACUCUCUCCUUACCCCAGCCACCCCCAGGCCGCUGCGACUAAUAUCCAAGAGCUUCUGUCUCCCUUUACCAAGGGCCUCCAGACAGCUCUUGAAUCCAACACCCAUCAACUCUGCAGUCAUCUCAGGAUGACCAUCCAAGAGGUUAAAGCUGACGGACCUUCGCUCCACCAAGAGGCAAUAGAGAAGAUCGGUCAAGCUAUGGAUGAGAGUCAUAAGCGAAGAACUGCUGCUUUUGAGGAAUUUAAAACAAAGGCUUUUGAGGCGGUUGAGGAGGACAAAGACAGCAGUAGGAAGGAUCUAUGGGAGGAAGUGACAGCCAGUUUGGGUCAAGAGAUCUUGUCAUACAGUUUGGAGUUACAGGGCAAGAUUGCAGCACUGAAAGUCUCAUUAACAACACUCCUCACUUCAUCAGAGACUUCAGGAGAUGAAAUGGUUUCCAAAGUGGACCAGUUCUGUGACGGUUCCUCAAGGCAGAACCAUAAAUUUGUUGCUGAUUUAGUGCAGCAAAUAUUCAUGAUUGAGGAAAAGCAGAAUAAAGGCGAGCCAUCAAGCCAUGUAAACAUAGACUCCAUACAAGAGGAUUUCUCCACCAGACUAAACGCAUUACUUCAGGACAUUGUACACACCAUCAACUAGAGAUCCUCUCCAUUCACGUCAUAAUUACCUCCAUAAUGUAAAUAGAAGUGCAACUGUACAGUGUGAAUUAUUGUCUUUUUGUAGAAGACUCCUAAAAUGUCUGGUUAAGACAACUUUUGUAUAUAGAAAAGAAAAAUGUCUGUUUGUCUAGUUUUCUCUAGACAAACAGUCCAAUGCAAAAAAACACCAACAGACCAUUUUUUUAGAUGCAGGUUUAUUGAGCUUUGUGUAAUCAAUAUCUAAAAUGUUCUAUUUUUUAAAUAAAUGCACAGAAAUUAAAAGAU